AUGGAUGCCAGUAGGCCUCACUUAAUUCCGACAUUUCUGUGCAUCGGAAGAUGUAAUGGCAAAGAGGUGUGUGAAAUAAAUAUGAACGUGGUUCGUACUUCUGAUCCCUGCUCUAGCACCUACAAGUACCUGGACACCACCUACAGCUGCUUCCCAGCAGUCCACAGUGUGACCUGUCAGGAAUCUCUGGCAUACCUCCAGUGUGAUGAUGGGCAGCUUAUUUCUGUCUUAGGGGCUUUUUAUGGACGUAGUGACCAGUCAACAUGCAUUUAUGGGCCUCCCACUGGUGAGGUUCAAAAUGUCCAAUGCCACUAUGCUGCUACUGAAGUUGCUGACAGCUGUAACGACAGAAGCAGCUGUUCGGUCAAAGCAGCUGACUCAGUGUUUAAUGACCUGUGUUCAGCCACCUACAAGUACCUGGAGGUUUCCUACAUCUGUAAGUGUAAGUAA